CAUAAUGAUGAAUGGUUCCAACGUGGCCAACACAACCACGACUUCACCCACGCCUGCAAAAUCCAAGGAGGACCAGGUAGUGAACGGGCACGAUGAAAAGGAGAACAACCCCUUUGCAGAAUACAUGUGGAUGGAGAACGAGGAAGACUUCAACCGGCAGGUGGAAGAAGAACUUCAGGAGCAGGAGUUCCUCGACCGCUGUUUCCAGGAGAUGCUGGACGAAGAGGACCAGGAUUGGUUCAUCCCGUCCCGCGACCUGCCUCAGGGCAUCGGGCAGCUUCAGCAGCAGCUAAACGGGCUUUCCGUCAACGACAGCCACAGCCACGUAUCGGAAGACAUUUUGGGGCGCCAGGUUGGCGGCAACUAG